AGAGGAUUCUCAACCCAAUGGAGAAAAAUCUUCUAGCUCUUCAAGAGACUAUAAGGAUUAUUCAGGAGGAAAUCUCAAAGUUAAAGGAACAGAUGGAUCAAAAAGACGGUGUGAUAUUUCUCAAGGAGGAAGCUCAUCGGAACAGGAGGAUUAAUGAUGACGUCCAGGAAUUGUCAGUGACAGAUGAGGCCCAACCGUUUGAAAAAUUCGAUCACCCCUAUUUGUUGAACACAGUGCUGAGGGAAACAGUUGAUGCCAUUAAUCAAGUCUCUGUCACCCUGGAUGUGGAAACAGCGAAUCCGGAUCUCGAGGUGUCCGAGGAUCGGAAGAGUGUGAGAUGGACCGGGAUCUGGAUGUAUCUCCCUGACUCUGGGAAGAGAUUCACAGACUGGGAAUGUGUGCUGGGAUCGGAGGGAUUCACAUCGGGGAGACAUUACUGGGAGGUGGAGGUGACGGGGAAUCGGUUCUGGUGGCUGGGAGUCGCCGCAGAGUCUGUGGAGAGGAAGGGACGGUUAAGACUGAGACCGGAGACCGGAUUCUGGGUCAUCAGGCGGUAUGGUGACGUGUUAUAUCGGGAUUGUGACGUGUUCGGUCUCCCCUCCCCCGAGUCCCGUCUCGCUGCUUGUCCCAUCCCCGGGAGGGUGGGAGUUUAUCUCAGUUACGAGUCCGGGACAGUUUCAUUUUACAACGUGGAGGCCAAGUCCCAUCUCCACACCUUCACUGGGAAUAAAUUCACGGGGAAACUUUAUCCUUUCUUCGCGACCGGGGAUGAGAACCAGUGGCUGAGAAUCUGCUCCGGUUCUGCUCCGGUUCCGCUCCGGGUCUGUAAACGGGUCGGGUCCCGGAACCGGCGUCAGGAGUAAAGUCCCUGUAAAUAUAAAUGUGCGGAGAGUGCAGCUAAAUACGUGGCUAAGGGCAUGGUGCAGGAGGGAGGGCUUCAUGUUUCUGGUCAA